AUGAGGGUACUUGUCCAUCAGGUGCUGUUACGCACCGCUCGUAUGCGGCUGGCCCCCACAGCAUGUCGCAUGUCAACAAUUGCCGCGGGGCAGGUUGUCCCAUCACCAGGAUCCCCGCCUCCGCCGACACUUCAACAUCCACCGGGUCACGACCUGGAACACGAUGCGGAGCGUCAGCAAAGAGCAAGGCGAAUCCUGCAACAAGCGGUCGCGGCAACAGCGCCGAGGAAUGACUGGGCAAGGGACGAGAUUUCAGCCAUCUUCUACCAACCGCUGAUGGAACUGGCCUUUCAGGCUGCCAUUGUCCAUCGUAGGUUCCAUAACCCUGCCGAGGUCCAGCUUUGCACCUUGAUGAACAUCAAGACCGGUGGCUGCACGGAGGACUGCUCGUACUGCGCCCAGUCGACCCGCUACCAGAAAGGCACUGGCCUGGAGGCCAAGCGUGUGGAGAGUGUCGAGUCUGUCCUAGAGGCCGCACGUAUCGCCAAAGAGAAUGGCAGCACCAGGUUUUGCAUGGGAGCUGCGUGGCGCGACAUGCGCGGCCGCAAGAACAGCCUCCGGAACAUCAAGGAGAUGGUAUCCGGCGUACGGGCCAUGGGGAUGGAAGUGUGCGUGACCCUGGGCAUGAUCAAUGAGGAGCAGGCCAAGGAGCUCAAGGAAGCCGGGCUCACGGCGUACAACCACAACGUCGAUACCAGUCGGGAGUUCUAUCCCAGCAUCAUCUCGACGCGCACAUACGAUGAGCGACUGAAGACACUCGGCCAUGUCCGCGAUGCCGGCAUCAGUGUCUGCUCCGGGGGAAUUCUGGGGUUGGGUGAGACGUCCGAGGACCGCAUCGGCUUGCUGCACACCGUUGCGACGCUGCCAAGCCAUCCGGAGAGCUUCCCUGUCAACGCACUCAUACCCAUCAAAGGCACUCCUCUGGGUGACAGGAAACCUAUCGAGUUUACGAGCAUGCUGCGAACCAUUGCUACUGCUCGGAUCAUCAUGCCCGCGACCAUCAUCCGUAUUGCCGCUGGGAGAAAGACCAUGCCUGAGGAGCAGCAGGCGCUCUGCUUCAUGGCCGGGGCAAACGCAGUCUUCACCGGAGAGAAGAUGUUGACAACAGAAUGUCAUGGGUGGGACGAGGACGCGGCCAUGUUUGGUCGUUGGGGGCUGGAGCCGAUGAAGAGCUUCCAAAAGUCGCCGGUCCUUGCGGAGGGUUUUACUAGUCAAGCCUGA